AGGUAUUGGAUAUACGAUCCCGGUCAUUCCGCGCAUUGGACGGACGACUCAACAGGACAUUGUUGAAUAUACGCACUACAACAGAAUAGAGGGACGAUGACGGCGAUAUCCACAAUGGCUGAUAUACCGCGCGAUCAUGCCAAACACAAUUCCGAAUCAAAAAAGCGAAAGAGAAAUCGUAAAGCGCAACCAGAUAAGAAAUUCGAGUGUCAGCACGAGGGCUGCGGCAAGAGUUAUUCCCGCGCAGAGCAUCUGCAUCGCCACCAACUGAAUCAUACUCCAAAACAGAUAUAUCGCUGCGACUUUCCUGAUUGCUAUCGCUCCUUUGUUCGACAGGAUCUAUGUAUCCGUCACCGAGAGCGACAUACCACCCAUGGAUCGCAAUUACAGAAACGCGAUAGCUUUACUCAAGCGGCAGGUCGUGCGAAUGUAUCCUCCUCGCCGCAGUCUUUACAUGCACCAGACGAUCCGAGUUCCGCCGUUUUGUCUCCUACGUCCCAGACAUCGAAACCUAUGACUGCUUAUGAUGGUCUGAAUGGCUCGAAGGAUGCAUAUCCAUCUGUGAGAUACGGCGGAAAUCCUGGAAUUGGAGCCAAGACCCAACGGAUGUACGGAUCAGGAACUGCGUAUGGAUCUAAUUUUCAGGGCAAUUCGUUCAGUCCGAAUGCCCUGCGAGAUACGAAUACGACGAAUUCAGGAUAUAUAAAUUCAGAUGCACUCAACAGUCCAACUGCAUACAUGUCGCACCAAGGGCUGAUGCCUGACCUUGGCUAUUCGGGCUCGGAAUUACCUCAGACAACAGCAUACACCACGAGCAUGAACGUGCUCGGUUCGGUAUCUGCGGGUAUGGUCCCAGAAUCUACUGGUGAAGGCGAACUGUUUGAUUCGUCGCUUCCGUAUCCAGUAUUCGGUGGUGAGUCGUCGUAUAAUAGAUCACCGUUUGCUAUGGCGGAUGACUUUGCGGCGUGGUUAUUCAGUGAGCCCACGGGGACAUCUCCUGUCAACUACUCGAAUAUGAUUACAGGGUAUACCGAUUUACCGCAAACGAAUCCCAUAUCCUUCAUUCCGAACGAUACAUCCUCAUUCAACGGAUUUCCAUCCAGUCUAGUUUCACAUCCCAUGAGCGUCACCAAUAUCGUAGACUCGACUCCUCCAGAAGCCAUGAUGUCGGAGGAGAAAAGACAAGACCUGCUACAUUUGAUCAGCACCCGAUUCAACGAAACGGCGCAUUCCGCGGUAAACACGCGAAAAGACUCGCUCAUGGAAGGAAACAUCGACGCGGAUGGUCACAUUCUAAGUCUGCGAAUGAUGCAAACGUACGUCGGCUCGUAUUGGCUCCAUUUUCAUGCGCAACUCCCAAUCUUACACAGACCUACCUUCGUCGCAGACCGGACCCCGUCGUUACUACUUCUGUCUCUCAUGGCAAUUGGAGCGGCUACUCUCGAGAAGAUGCACGGACAGAGCGUCAUCGACGCGGCAGCCGAACUGGCCAAUUUUCUGGCGUGGCAUAUCCGGUGGGAGAUUUUCAUGGAUGUGGAUUUUCGGCCACCAGCGAAGUUAUGGGUGUUCCAGACAUUGCUGCUGUUGGAAAUUUACGAGAAGGGUUACUCGACCCGAGCACUGCAUGAACGGGCGCAUAUCCAUCAUGAUACUACGUUGACGUUGAUGCGGCGGGGUAGUUCUUUCUUGGGUCGUUCUGCAUAUGAUACGCCGGCUAGCUCUAGGGAUGAGCGUGUGCAGCGGUCGAUGACUUCUGCUACGGAUGUGAGUGAGCGGGAAGAUCCCUGGUCGUAUUGGAUCCGGACAGAGGCCACGCGCCGGGUCGCUUUUGGUGCGUUUUUAAUGGAUUCGAUCCAUUCGACGAUGUUUGGACAUUCAGUCAAAAUGGUAGCGCAUGAGUUGCGGCUGCCGUUGCCAUGCGAUGAAGCGUUGUGGUCGGCAGGCAGUGCUGCAGAAGUCUCACGUAUGCAGACAGUUCUCCAGUCCAAUGGAGUCAAACCGACCAUGUUUUUAGACGGGUUGAAGAAGACGCUUACCGGACAGAAAGUGCGAACCAAUGCAUUCGGCCGGACGAUCCUGAUCGCGGGAUUACUUAGUGUUAGCUGGCACAUGAACCAGCGUGAUUUGCAAGUCAGUUCUCUAGGGGUCACUCAAGCACUUGGAGGCCGUGACAAGUGGCGAGCGUCGUUGUUACGAGCAUUUGAUAACUGGAAGCACGAUUACGACGACGCGCUUGCCGAGUCUGGUCAUCGGGUGUACUCUAAAAACAGUCCUAGUUUCUAUCAACAGCACCAUCUACAGUUCCAAAUCGACGAAGACGAUACACACGAAUCACGUACGGUAUUGCACCACUUAGCACACAUAGCCACGCAUGUCGACAUUGUGGAUUGUCAGAUUUUCGCAGGCGCCAGCCGACUGCUGAGUCGAUCCAUUACUCCCAAGGAUUACAGCACAGCGCGGGAGAAAAUGACCGAGCGAUGGGCUACGAAAGCCUCUGCGCGAGACGCAACAUUCUACGCUUUGAAGUUUUUAUCUCAUGUAUUACUCCCGUCUCCAAAUCCUCGCGGCGACCCCAGCAGAGGCGGGAAACCCCCGGGGUACUCUGCAGUAGACGACUUUCUCCUCCAUCGAUCAUGGGUAGUCUAUUUUUCAGCCUUGGUUGUCUGGUCAUACGGCUACGCACUAGAAGGACCGAUCCCAUCACCGCCGGAACUCAGCAGCGAAGCCGCACAAUUACAAGACAUGCAACGAUUCUUACAAACGGUGGGUGCAGUCCACGAACCGAACGAUUUGGAGCAUGUGACGGGCCGGAAUCAGUGUUUGGGAUUGUUGUUGCAUCUUCGGUCGAGUUUUUUGAAUACGAGGUGGGAGCUACUUCAUGAGGCGGCGUUGCUGCUGGACAGUUGCGUUGAGAAGUUGAAGUCACCCGGUAGAUAGUCUAUAUCUGUAUACCCUGUAUGAAUUAUUGAAUUAUUGAUCAUUUACAUAUA